UAAAGAAAAGUUCAACAGGAAACGAAAGUUUAUUUAAAUCAAUUUUAUUCUGAAAAAAAAAUGAAUUAACCGUUCUAAUAGUAUGUAGAAACCUAAGUAGAUCCAUACAGAAUUAUUCAGAUAAUUAUGGGUAAAAUUGAGUGGGCCAUGUGGGCAAAUGAACAGGCCCUAGCCACCUCAGCAGUUGUAAUUCUUGGUGGUGUCAUAGCUGUAGCUGGACAGUUUAAAAAUUGGCAGUUUGGUGUAUAUGGAAUAGUUGUUGGUGUAUUAGUAUUAAUAUUAGAGUAUCCUAGAGGAGCACGGAAGAAUGGUAAAUGUUUAGAAAGAAAAUUUCAAAGACCAUUAACAAAAUUUGUUCAAUGUGGGGGAUUACUGACAAGAAAUUAUUUUGUUCGUUUUGUUCUUUAUCUAAUAUUUACUGUACCAUGUUGUUUUAUUCUACCUACUUUAUUAGGGGGAAUGUGUUUCUUUAUUACAAGUGCAAUCUAUUUUACAGCUGCAAUAAAAGGUGAAGAAUGGAAGCCUGUAUUAGAAGAUAUCACAAAAAGAAAACAAGGACCAACAGUAAUAGAACCACCCAGACAUCCCCCACCUAGACACCCUCCACAGCAACAACCAAAUGAUAGUAGAGUCUAAAUCUGUUACCUUAAAGAUUGUUUAUCAUACAAAAAUAGAGUCUAAAUUUAUUUAUAUUUUAUAGAGACAGUUCUUUAAAUGCAGAUUUGGGUACAUUACUCAACAGUUUGUCUUACAAGUCUAAAACAUAACAAACUUCAAGAUUUGAUAUUUGGUAACUCUAUCUGUUGGCACAUGGGUAGUUUUGUAAAUCAAUAUGUUUGGACAUUUAUCUACUCAAUAAUUAGUGAGAUUAUUCCAUUGGAUGUUAUAGAAGAGCAUAUCAUAUUUAUAUUGUGACAUUCUUAAAAUUUAGAAAAGGAAAUAUUGUGGAAUAAAUCAUUUAUUUUGGAUAGUUAAAUCAUUGCAUAUAGGGAAGUCAGAUUUCCAUUUGGUAACAUGCUUAUGAUUUUUAGCGAUUUUACAUUUAUUGUUAUUUUGGUGUGGCAAACAAUAAAUAUAGAUGUUGUAUUUCUCAGGUUCAACAUUUUGCCAAAAUAUAUAUAUGUUCCAUUGUAGCAUAUCCUUUUAUUUUAUGCCUUGUUUAUAGUUUGUUCAUUUAGUAUUGUAUAUAUUUAGUUAAAAAGUAGUUGCCCCAACCUUUCAUUUUAUUACAUAGAAAAUAUUUUACUUUUUAUAAAUAUGUAUUACUUCACAUUUAUUAUUUACCACAAAAUAUUGUGUAAUUUAAUUUUUUGAGAUCAUAAGAUUUUUUUGGAUUGGUGAUAUAUAAUUUAUUUACACAUUAUUGGAUUUAUUAGAACUCAUAUUAUUUUAAAUCAUAUAUUUUAUAUUGCAUGGAUUUAUUUAUACAUUUUACUUCUAAUUUUUCAGCUGGUCCUGAAAUAAUUGAUAAUUUAUAACUAUCUGAUCAUCAUGAACAAAUUUGCUGUCAGCCUCAUUGUGUUCACAUGGAUAUAUAUUUAUUAAUCUAUGUUUAUAUGUAAUUUCUCUGUAGAACAAAUUUUUCAGUUAAAAAAAUAUACAGCAUCAAUUUCAUUCUAUUAUGUAAAUAUAUCCUCGCCUUUGAAACUGAAUAUAAUUACAAAGUUUUUUCAGUAAAAAUAUAAUAUAUUUGAUUUAAUGUCAAGUAAUUUAUUUGUUUAUUAAGAAAUUUUCAAAACUAUUUGACUAAUUUAUAUGACAUCCCUGCUAUGAUAAUGGGUCUGUCUGUCCAUCUGUCAGACUUUUUGGGACACAAUUACUCUCCCAAUUGAGCUAGAAUGUUCAACCUUGGUGUAGGGGUUUAUUAGGUGAAUGCCUUGAUGCCAUCAAAAGUAUAAAAAAACGAAACGAAAUAUAGAUCUGUAUUUUAAUAACUUGACUAAGUUGGAUGAUGCGAAUUUUCUACUUAGACUAAGUAGCCAUAAGCAAUUUGAUUGAUAAAAAGAUAAAUGUGCAAUUAAUCAAUAUGUAUCAUCUAUUUAUUUUGGGAUUUCAGUGGGGGACAUCAUCCUCACUGUUGGCUUGUUUAGUUCAAUAGACACCUUCACAAAAGAUAGAAUUAAAACAUAAAAAAUAAUGACAGGAAUCACAAAAGCUGGACACACGUGAAACAUAUAAUUUUCAAAAUAGUAGCAGUUGGACCACUGUCGUAUUAAUAGGUCGCUUGUUAUUCCGUUGGUCCCACCCAUCCGCGACCCUUGUAGUGACGAUAUGCAAAUGAAAUGAUGGCUCUUGUCAAAAAGUUUAUGAACCUGGCUCAAAAUAUGAGAUGCAAAACAAUGCAAGCAAAACUAGAAGACUACCUUUAAGUUUUAUAAAUAGGCGGUCGCACAGAGCUGCAUGCGGACGGACCCAUACACGACUGAAUUUUAGAACAUGUAUUAUA